CCCCGCCCCCCGGGUCAGGCCUGGCACUGUACAGUGACGACAUUGGAGCGGAGGAGAGAGCCGACCCCGGGGAGACAUGCUGCUGCUGCCGGCCGCCGGACUCCUUCUGCUCCGGCUGUGCCUGCUGGUGGCGGGGAAAGAGUGCGACAAGCCGUGUGUGAACGGAGUGUGUCAGCCGAGCACCGGGCAGUGUGUGUGUGAGACGGGCUGGACCGGAGAGCAGUGCCAGCACUGCGGGGGCCGCUUCAUGUUAACGGGACCGAGCGGUUUUGUGACAGACGGACCCGGGAAUUAUAAAUAUAAAACAAAGUGCACCUGGCUGAUAGAAGGAAGACCCAACACAGUGCUUCGUCUCCGCUUCAAUCACUUUGCUACAGAGUGCAGCUGGGAUCAUCUCUACGUGUACGAUGGCGACUCCAUCUACGCUCCUCUGGUCGCUGCUUUCAGUGGACUUAUCAUUCCGGAGAAGGAAAGUAACGAGUCUGUUCCGGAAGUUGCUGCUACCUCUGGUUACGCUCUUUUACAUUUCUUCAGUGACGCCGCCUACAACCUGACUGGAUUUAACAUAGGCUACAGCAUUGACACGUGUCCCAACAACUGCUCUGGACGGGGGAUGUGUGUGGCGGGGAAUGGCACCGGAGUGUACUGUGAUUGUACUGAGAACUGGAAAGGAGAGUCAUGUGACAUCCCGUACUGCCAGGACAGCUGCGGAGAGCCCGAUCGUGGGGUGUGCAAUCUGAAUGGCACCAAGGGAUGUGUCUGCAACCCAGGCUGGCAGGGUCCCGGCUGUUCAGUCCCAGUCCCAGCCAACCAGUCGUUCUGGACCCGAGAAGAGUUCUCUUCCCCACAGCUGGCCCGAGCGUCUCACAAGGCCGUGGCGGUGGAUGAUGUCAUGUGGAUUGUGGGCGGCUACAUGUUCAACCAUUCCAAUUACCAGAUGGUUAUGGCGUAUGAUCUAGUCUCUCAUGACUGGCUUCCUCUGAACAACUCCGUCAACUCCAUUACUGUGAGAUAUGGACAUUCCCUUGCAGUAAAUAAGGACAAGUUGUACAUGUAUGGUGGUAAAAUAGAUGCCACGGGGAACGUCACCAAUCAGCUGUGGGUGUUUCAUGUGUAUAAUGAGUCGUGGGUUCAGAUUCUUCCGAACAUCAAGGAACAGUACGCUGUGGUCGGCCAUUCCUCUCACAUAGUAAAUCUUACUGAUGGUGGUCUUGUCAUGCUGGUGUUCUUCGGUCACUGUCCUAUGUAUGGCUACAUCAGCAGCGUUCAGCAAUACAGUUUUGCCACGAACACCUGGGACAUAGUGGACACUCAGGGUGCUCUCGUCCAAGGGGGAUACGGCCACAGCAGUGUUUAUGAUGAAAACACCAGAUCCAUCUACAUCCAUGGGGGCUAUAAAGCCUUUACUGCCAAUAAAUACCGACUGGCUGAUGACCUGUACAAGUACGAUGUGGACACCCGUAUGUGGGAAAUCCUAAAGGACAGCAAACAUUUCCGCUACCUGCACACUGCAGUGAUCAUUAGCGGCACCAUGCUGGUGUUUGGCGGGAACACCCACAACGACACGUCGAUGAGCCAGGGGGCGAAGUGUUUUUCUGCUGACUUUAUGGCCUAUGACAUCGCUUGUAAUAGUUGGAGUCUGCUGCCUCCACCCCAUCUUCAUCAUGAUGUCAAUCGUUUCGGACACUCUGCAGUCCUAAUAAACGGCACAAUGUUUGUAUUUGGGGGAUUCAACAGCCUCUUGCUCAACGAUGUCCUGAUGUUCACAUCCAAGAGUUGUGAAGCUUUUACAAGUAAUACCUCUUGUAUGUCGGUCGGACCGGGAAUUCGCUGUGUCUGGGAUAACGGUGCAUCUCAGUGCUUGUCAUGGGAACAAGUAUCUCCAGAGCAACAAAAAGAUGUCAUGACAUCAUGUCCUCGUAUCGCAUAUUCUGACAGUGAAAGCAAGUGCGAUCAGUAUACAGACUGCUUUAGCUGCACAGCGAACACUAAUGGCUGCCGGUGGUGUAAUGACCAAUGUAUUACACUUAAUAACAACUGCACAGCCAGUCAGGGGGCAAUUACAUUAUAUGAACGGUGUCCGAAAAACAACUACGGCUUCUAUUGUAACAAGAAGACUAGCUGUAAGAGCUGUGCUGUGAACCAAAACUGCCAGUGGGAGCCACGCAAUCAGGAGUGUAUAGGGUUGCCAGAAAACAUCUGUGGGGCAAACUGGUACCUAGUGGAAAGUUCAUGCCUGAAAAUCGCCAUCACUAAGGAAAACUACGACAACUCCAAGCUGGCCUGUCGCAAUCAGAAUGCUGCGCUGGCCUCUCUCACCUCACAGAAGAAAGUGGAGUUUGUGGUGAAGCAGCUGCAGAACAUGCAGCCAAAGACUGAGCUCACACCCUGGGUUGGACUCCGGAAGAUCAAUGUGUCAUACUGGUGCUGGGAGGACAUGUCACCUUUCACAAACACCACUCUCCAGUGGCAGGCUGGGGAGCCCAGCGAUGCCGGCUUUUGUGGUUACCUGGCCGAACCAUCAUCCACAGGCCUAAAAGCGGCAACCUGUAUCCACCCAAUCAAUGGCAGUGUCUGUGAAAGACCAGCCAAUCACAGCGCAAAGCAAUGCCGGACUCCUUGUGCCUCCAGGUCGCAGUGCUCAGAGUGUACCAGUGCCAGCUCUGAGUGCAUGUGGUGCAGUAAUAUGAAGCAAUGUGUGGAUUCCAAUGCUUAUGUGGCCUCUUUCCCCUUCGGACAGUGUAUGGAGUGGUACACAAUGAGUAACUGUCCCCCUGAGAACUGUUCCGGGUAUCGUACAUGUGCUCAGUGUCUGGAGCAACCUGGCUGUGGCUGGUGUACAGACCCCAGUAAUACAGGCAAAGGGCAGUGUAUGGAGGCCUCGUUCCGCGGACCAAUGAAAUUGCCCAAUGCGUCAGCAACUGCAAAAUCCAGCUACUCUGAGCCAAUACUGGAUGUCGGCAUGUGUCCUGCAGAGAAUCAUUACAACUGGUCGUUUAUCAUGUGUCCAGCCUGCCAGUGUAACGGACACAGCAAGUGUAUCAAUGAAAGCAUCUGUGAGAAGUGCGAGAACCUGACCUCCGGCAAGAACUGCGAUACCUGCAUCUCUGGUUACUAUGGAGACCCAACCAAUGGGGGAUCUUGUCAGCCCUGCAAAUGUAACGGUCAUGCCUCGAUGUGCAACACCAAUAGCGGCAAAUGUUUCUGUACCACCAAAGGGAUUAAAGGAGAUGAGUGCCAGCUAUGUGAAGUUGAAAAUCGAUAUCAAGGCAACCCAUUGAAGGGAACAUGCUAUUACACGUUGCUUAUAGACUACCAGUUCACCUUCAGCCUCUCUCAGGAAGAUGAUAAAUACUACACAGCAAUUAACUUUGUGGCCACUCCUGAAGAGCAAAACCGAGACCUGGACAUGUUUAUUAAUGCUUCGAAGAACUUUAACCUGAAUAUCACUUGGGCAACAAGCUUUGCAGCCGGCACACAGGCAGGUGAGGAGAUUCCCAUCAUCUCCAGGACGAAUAUCAAAGAAUUUAAAGAUACUUUCUCCAAUGAGAAGUUUGACUUCCACAACAAUCCCAACAUCACCUUCUUUGUUUAUGUCAGUAACUUCACCUGGCCGAUAAAGAUACAGAUUGCCUUCUCUCAGCACAGUAACUUUAUGGACUUGGUGCAAUUCUUUGUGACAUUUUUCAGUUGUUUCCUCUCCUUGCUUCUUGUUGCUGCUGUGGUUUGGAAAAUUAAACAGAGCUGCUGGGCAUCCAGGAGAAGAGAGCAACUUAUCCGGGAGAUGCAGCAGAUGGCGAGCCGACCUUUUGCCUCCGUCAACGUCGCCUUGGAAACAGAUGAGGAGCCACCUGAUUUGAUCGGCGGGAGUGUAAAGACUGUCCCUAAGCCCAUAGCCCUGGAGCCUUGUUGUGGGAACAAAGCGGCCGUCCUAUCAAUAUUUGUACGACUGCCUCGUGGUUUAGGGGGCAUUCCACCUCCAGGACAAUCUGACCCAGGACUAGCAGUAGCCAGUGCUUUGGUGGACAUUUCACAGCAGAUGCCAUUGGCAUACAAAGAGAAGUCCGGAGCAGUAAGGAAUAGGAAGCACCAGCCUCCCGCACAGCCUGGCACUUGCAUAUGAUGUUCGUCAUGCAGACUUUAGGGAUAUGAAUAUUGCUAUGCUGGAGGAAUCAGUUUUAUGACGGAGAUACUCCUUGGCAUUUAUCAUGGAUCUCCACAGGACCUCCCAACCUCUUCCACAUCUGCAUGGUUAUCUCAACUUUUACUAAAGUAUCCCAAUUCCCAUUUUCCAGACGGCCAUCUCUUUCUCUGUUGAUUUCAUCAUGUGCAAUUUAGCGGUCAACAAGGACUGGAAUUAAAAUCGUAUUUUCUUUUGUGAAAAAUUCUGUAUACAGCUGCAACCCACGCUCAGGUUAAGGGUCCGUAAUUUUCUCAGUUCCUCCAUUUUGUACCAAGGCAGGAGAAAGAGUUGCAACGUUCUUGGCAAUUUUGGAACAUCAUUCCGAUGAAAGGGUUGGAGCUGUUUGUGGCUUCGUCUGUAUUUUUUUGUAUGUUGAACUAUCAUGAAAGCUGCAACUGACUGGAUUGUGUUUGCCAGCAAAAAAAGAUACUUUGCUGGUCACGUGCCAAGGAGCGCCAGCCAAGGUACCAGCAGAACUUGAAACAACAUUAUCAUACAGGGACUGUAGAUUGAUUUUAUUCUAAGGCACUGAACAUUACAUUCUCCGGAUGGGAGAGAACUUUUGGCUAACUUAACUGUACAUUAUCUGCCCUAAAUUAAGACUGAGAAGAGCUUUUAUUUGCUGGACUUGAGAAUGAAAGACUUGUGGAAUACUGUAAUUCACAGCCUGUAAAUGUGAGGACAAUAACAUUUUUAGGGCAUAUUGCUAAAUCCUGUAAGAUUAAAUAAUUUUAUUGACGUGGCGAUAAAACAAAAACGGCAAACCGAAAAGCACACGUUCUUCCUGCUUGUCUCCCGGACGAGCCCCCAAGAUUUGGAACGGACGAUGUAAAGUGAGUGGUGAAGGCAGAGCUUUAGUAUUUCACAAAGAAUGUCUCAGUGUUCGUUCCCACCCUCAUUCCACUCUUAUACCGCAGCCUUCCAAUACUGACAUGCUCCCAAAAGCAAUAGACCAGAGGAAACCUACUUGUAUAUUAAAGGAAAAAAGGUGUUCAGGACAAGGUGCUAACUUUAACAUGACACUUUGUGUUCCCUUUUAAAUAUAUAUAUACAUACAUAUAUAUAUAUUUAUUUUUGUGCUCAUUGGACUGGAAAACUGAACACGGUCUACCCGCGAUUGUGAUACGAACCAUUUUAAAGUCACUUUAGGCUGAAGAACAAAGCUUCUAAUAACAUGUCCAGAUUGUUUUAAACUCACGAUUGUAUCGCACGUAGUCAUUAAAAUUAAUUAUUUUGUACAUGC